CGUGACAUGAGCACUCUACAAAAAAGGCCACUAAUACACUGUUAGUUACCAAUCACAUUUCACAGAAACAUCAACCAUAACAUUUUUUUUAGUUUCAGUAAUUAUUGUGGAUCACAAAACUUUCUUCAACAAUCGAUUCUUCUCAUUACAAACCUCUGCUCCCUCUCGUAAAGAAAAUUAAAAAAAAAAUGAAAUUUUUGAUUAACCUUGUUAUUAUGUUUUUUCUCUUCAUAAACAUUUUCACAGCAAACGCACAAUCUCUCAUUGAAAACUCUUGCAAGAAAGCUGCAGCUAGAGACCGGAAACUCAGACUCGAUUUCUGCAUCAAGUCUCUGGAAGGGCACGACCGGAGCAAAACCGCACAAAGUCUGGGCGAAUUAGCCACGGCCUCGAUGACAAACGCUGGGACGAGGUCGAAGCGCUUGGAAGCAAAGGCUGACAAGAUUCUCAAGGAGAAGAACUACGGGAAAGACAGUGUGCUUGGAAUGCUAAUUAAAGACUGCGUCAUGAUUUAUAAAGAUAAUUAUGUGACCUUGAAGGAAGCUGCGACAAGCGUUAGAGUGCGUGAUUACAAAACCGCCAUCUUUGUUACGAGUUCUGCACUGAAUGCAACGAUAUUUUGCGAAACUAGAUUCGAAACAAGAGACCCUCCUCAGAUAUCUCCGUUUACAAGAGAUAACGAUGUUUUGACUCAGAUGAUUCUGAUUCCUUUGGCUUUUACAAAAAUGUUGAAAUAACAUUCACAAUGUUACC